AUGGCUGCUCAGGAGGAGGAUCUUAUGGAGGUGGCAUUAGAAGAGCCAACUGUCGUUGAAAAGAAAGUUGAAAAGCAAGGAAAAGAUAUUAAGUCAAGAAGAACGACUCAUGAGCUUCCAUGGGUAGAAAAAGUAUCGUCCAUUAAAUUAUCAGAAAUAGUUGGGAAUGAAGAAACCAUCAAACGUCUUGAAGUGUUUGCUAAAGAGGGUAAUGUACCCAAUAUUAUUAUAGCAGGCCCUCCAGGUACUGGUAAAACCACUAGUAUAUUAUGUUUAGCCCGAGCACUAUUGGGACCAUCAAUGAAAGAUGCUGUAUUAGAAUUGAAUGCAUCCAAUGAUAGAGGUAUUGAUGUAGUACGAAAUAAAAUAAAAAUGUUUGCUCAUCAAAAGGUCACUUUGCCUCCUGGCAGACAUAAAAUCAUUAUAUUAGAUGAAGCAGAUAGCAUGACAGAUGGAGCACAACAGGCACUGAGACGUACAAUGGAGAUUUAUUCUAAAACUACAAGAUUUGCUUUAGCUUGUAAUGACUCAGAGAAGAUCAUAGAGCCCAUCCAAUCAAGGUGUGCUAUGUUACGAUAUUCUCGUCUAACAGAUGCUCAGAUUUUAGAGAGAUUGUUGGAUGUCUGUGAAAAAGAAGAAGUAUUAUAUACUGAUGAUGGAUUGGAAGCUAUUUUCACUGCUCAAGGCGAUAUGAGACAGGCUCUCAAUAAUAUGCAAUCAACAUAUGCUGGAUUUGGUUAUGUUAAUGCAGACAAUGUCUUUAAGGUAUGUGAUGAGCCACACCCACUAUUAAUUAAGGAAAUGUUGACACAUUGUACUAAAGGGGAUAUUGACGCUGCCUAUGUUAUUUUGAAGAGUUUGUGGGACAAAGGUUAUUCGUCACAUGACAUCAUCACUAAUAUCUUUAGAGUCUGCAAAACUCAUCCCAUGCCUGAGUAUCUGAAACUUGAGUUUAUUAAGGAGAUUGGUUUAACACAUAUGAAGAUAGUCCAAGGAUUAGACUCUUUACUUCAACUCUCUGGACUUGUAGCUAGAUUAUGUCUAAAAUCACUUCCACCUGAUGAUAAUCUUUAA